AUGCCUGUUUGUAUGGCAUCAUAUGAGUCAACAGGUAGUCAAGUUCAGGUAGCCCUUGAGAGAGGUCUUCCAGCAAUCAUAGGCAAUUUCAUCUCGAAACAACUCCUAUUUCCAUCCUUGUCAUAUGACAUGGUCCACUGUGCUCACUGUGGCAUUAUCUGGGAUGAUAAAGAUGGAUAUUUCUUAUUGAGGUUGACCGAGUACUCAAGCCAGGAGAGCAGACCCUCUGGUUCUCUCAGCUCUGUUGAGCUUGAAGUUCAUGGAGUUGAUCCUGAAGAUUUCUUUGAAGACUUGGAGUUUCGGCAGUCUGCUUUAAGAAGUUAUUGGCCAUUGCUUUCCCCCUUGAUUUUCUCUGACCAUCCGAAGAGACCCGAUAUUGAAGAUCCCUUACCUCCGUACGAUAUGAUUCACAACAUGAUGGACAUGAAUGCCCAAUUUGAGUAUCGCCCUUUUUCCUCUGAAUUUUUGUCCAUGAGUGUACUACUAAGUACUGACAUAAACUCUAUUAGAAUUUCAUGGAAUGCUGAUCCUGUUGUUCGAACAAUUGAGCGCAGGUGUAAACCUUUUCCUACAUACCCUCGAACAUAUGACAUGCUUCAUGCCAAGGGACUCCUCUCACAUCUUGCUUCAAAGGGAUGCAGUGUGAUCAAUUUACUUUUCAAGAUGGAUCGUAUCCUAAGGCCUGAGGGAUGGAUCAUUAUUUCUGAUAAGAUUGGUCCAAUAGAGAAAGAACGUUCUCUGGCUAUACAGCUCCACUGGGAACCCCGUGUGAUUGAUCUACAGAGUGGUAGCGACCAUCGAAUACUAGUAUGCAGAAGCCAUUCAUGA